AAGAGUGAAGUUGCUUAAGGCGUCUAUUAAUUUUUAAAUUAGAAAAAAAAAAUUAAUUAUUAUCAUCGAAUUCCGCGCUUUUUAUUAAUUUUUCUAAUAUAAAUUUAUUAUCAAAUCGAUUUGAAUUUCAUAAUUUAUCGAAAAAAAAAUUUUGUGUUUUUAAAAAUUCGAAAUUUGAUAAUAGCACAAUAAACAAAAUAUCGAACGAAGUGUGAAGAACAAAAUUUUUUUUUGUUAAUAUCGUAAAAAAAUAAACUUGCAAAAUAUAAAUACACAUACAUAAAUAUUUUACUGUUAUAAAAGUUCAGUGAAUCUGUGCAAAAUUUAAUGGUAAAGAAAAUAAACAAAGGAAUUUAUAUAUGUAAAGGUGUUAGCUCAACAGUACGCCGAUGUAUUUGUAAAGAAACUGGUAGAGAAUAUGCAGCAAAAAUUAUAGAUUUAGGUGGUCUUAAUGAUAGUGAUGAAAUGAAUCCACAAAGUAUGAAAGAACAAACUAGACAAGAAAUUGCAAUUUUAAGACAAGUCAUGGGACAUCCGUAUAUUAUUGAUUUACAAGAUAUUUUCGAAUCGGAUGCAUUUUAUUUUUUAGUAUUUGAAUUAUGUCCAAGAGGUGAACUUUUUGAUUAUUUAACAUCAGUUGUAACAUUAUCAGAAAAAAAGACUAGGCAUAUCAUGCGACAAAUAUUCGAAGGUGUAGAAUAUAUUCAUUCAAAAAAUAUAGUUCAUAGAGAUUUAAAGCCAGAAAAUAUUUUAUUAGAUGAUAAUUAUAAUGUUAAAAUAACCGAUUUUGGUUUUGCAAGACAAUUACAAGAUAAUCAAAAAUUAACUGAUUUAUGUGGUACACCCGGUUAUUUAGCACCAGAAACUAUAAGAUGUAGUAUGUAUGAAGGUUCACCAGGAUAUUCAAAAGAAGUUGAUAUAUGGGCAUGUGGUGUUAUAAUGUUUACACUAUUAGUUGGUUGCCCACCAUUUUGGCAUAGAAAACAAAUGACAAUGUUAAGAAAUAUUAUGGAAGGAAAAUAUAGUUUUACAUCACCAGAAUGGGCUGAUAUUUCAGAGGAUCCAAAAGAUUUAAUUAGGAAAUGUUUAGUUGUUGAUCCAGCUAAACGAAUUACAGUCAGGGAAGUCUUAAAGCAUCCAUUCUUUAAUCAAAUGCUUUUCGAAGAAGAUAUUACUCAAUUGAAACGCAAAUUAUCAAUGAAAUCAAGAAGAAUGAGUCGUAUCACAGAAUUAGCACUGGAUAUACAUAUGGGUGAAAUACAACGUUUUACAAAAUGUGUUACAAAUAUUACAAAUCUAAUAAAAUUUGGUGUUCUUAAAAGUGAUGAGCCACUCCGUAAACAAAGUCGCUUUAAUGCACGGAAAAAGUUCCAAUUCGCUAUUAUGGUUGUAAGAGCGAUGAUAAGAAUAAAAAGAUUACGUUAUACUGCUGAACCUUUAAGAGCUGAAGAUGCUAUAAGAGAUCCAUAUCGUGUUAAAAUACUUAGAAAGGUAAUUGAUGGUUGUGCCUUCCGUGUAUAUGGUCAUUGGGUUAAGAAAGGUGAAGGACAAAAUAGAGCAGCACUUUUCGAGAAUACACCACGUACAGAACUUCAUGCUAUUUAUUUAAAAAAGUUACAAAGUCGGUAAUUCGACUUUUAAGUUUUUUUUAAAUUAAAGAAAUUAAAAGAAAUUAUUACUACCUUAGAGUAAAAAAAAUUUAAAUUAAAUUAAAAUAUAAAAAUUUUUUAUAAAAAAAAAUAAAACAUUUAAUAAUUUAGAUAUGAAAUAAAACAAAAAAAAAAGAAGAAACAGAGAAUUAUAGAAAAAAAUAUAUUGAAAUUAAUUCAGUAAAUGAAAAUGUAAAAUUAAAAAAAAAAAAAAAAUAUAAAAAAUUUCAUAUUGUAAUUAAAAAAACAAAACCUAUUUAUCAAUAUUUUGUUAUUAUUUCUUUAUUUUUAUAGAAAUAAAUUAAAAAAAAAAAAUAAUUUUUUUUUGUUUAUUUUUCAUAAUUUUAAGUAAAUGUAAAAAUAAUAAUUAAAUAAUUCAAUGAUCAGUCAUUAAACUUAAAUAUAAAAUUAUGAGUAAUUUUUUUUUUUAAUUAAUGUAGUAAUUUUGUAUAUUCAAAUUAUAUACAUUAUUAAAAUCAAAACUGAAAAAUUAAAAUUAAAUUUAAAAAAAAAAUAUAUAUCAUAUUUAUUAGAUAUCAAAUUUUUAAUUAGCACUUAAUCAAAUAUAAUAUUAUUAUUAAUUAUUAUAUGUAUUUAUAAUAAAGCGAUCACAUUGAAGAUAAAUAUAUUUAAAUAUCAAACAAUAAAAAUAUUACAAUAAUUUUUGUAAGGCCACGAAAUAAAUUUAGAUUUAAAACUUAAUUAGAUUAAUUAAAUAUUGAAAAUAAUGUGAAUAAGAAAUUAAUUUUUAAAUAUAAUUAUUGUUGAAAUUUUCAGUAAAUGAAAACAAUUAAAUGCAGAAUGAAAAAAAAA